GGCGGGCUGGCGUCGGGCCCGAGGAAAGCGGAGCAGGUGAGGACUCCGGGGCCCGCGCGCCGAGGCCAGUAGUUCCGUGUGGCACUGUUUGUGGCGAGGCAAGGGAAGAAGGAGAGAAGAAAACUGCACAGGAUCUGUGGAGGUCUUCCCAUAGGCCUACAGUAGGGCUGGAAGCCAGGGAAAGGGGGAGACUGGCCUGGAACCAUGAAGGUUGGUGUGAAGGUGGGCAGCGCCUGGGGAUAAAAAGAGGAUCGGCCUGCAGGUCUGCUGUAGGGCUUGAGAUUACUGGAAGCAAAGAAACAAGGAGGAAAUUGCCCCUGAUCAGUAUAGCCUGGUCCACAGAUCUCAUGAGUUAAUAGAUCUACUUUAGGGUAUAUCACCAAUCAAGAGAAGGAAAGAGGAGGGAACUGCCUUGAUCAUUACAGGUCCACCUCCAGUGGCAGCUGUAGUGGCCUUUAAGUGGCUGAAGACCAGCGCCCUCACAGGCCUACACCCAGACCUACUACCCUCUUUCCCCAUCCUGAUCGAGCCCCCUGUACCUUGUUCGUGCCUUCAGUAGGGGUGAUUACAUGGGUCGAGUUCAGGAAGUGGGCUGGGUGACUGCAGGACUGGUGGUUUGGGCUGGUACCUGCUACUACCUUUACAGAUUAACCAAGGGAAGAGCGCAGAGUGUGAGGACACUUGCCAAAAAUGGGUCCAGAGUCAAGAUGGGGACUGUGGUUGGGGUACAGAAGCAGACCUUGGCCACGGGUGAAGCCAUGGCUGGGACAGAGACUGAGACUAGACCCAAGGCCACAUCUGGAGCAGAAGCUGAAGCAGGAGGUAGGGCUGGGGCUGAAGUAGAGAUUACCACCACUGCUAAAGCCAGACCCAAAGCCAGCUCUCAGGCCAUGACAAUGGCUGAGGCGGAGGCAGCGAUACAAUCUGAGGCCAAAACAGUGGCCAGAACAGUGGGCACGACAGAAGCAGUGACUCUGACUGAGGCCCAGGUCAAAGCCGGGGAAGUGGCUAUGAAAGAGGCUGUGACCCAAACUGACUCUGAGGCUGGGAGAGUAGUCAAGAAAGAAGCUGUGACCCAGACCAAGGUUAAAAUUUGGGCGCUGGCUGCCAGGGCAGAGACCAAGAAAGAAGUAAUGACCCAGACCAAAGUGGAAGCUCGUAUACUGGCUGAAAAAGAGAUGAAAAGAAUAAUGGUGACACAGAGUGAGGCCUUAGGAGUGAUCAGGGAAGUGGCCAAGAUCAGUGCCAUAAGUAAGACUGGAACCGUGGCUGAGACCAAGGCAAGAGCCCUGGAAGAGAUUGUGAGUGUGGCCAAGACUCAGUCUGAGGCCAGGCCUGGUAACACAGUUGAUGCUAAGGGAAAUCCUAAUACCGUGUCCAGGGCAGAAGUUGGAGUGGACAUGAGGUCUUGUGUACCAUCUCAGGCUGUGACCAAGAUCCAGGUUGACACCAUGCCUGGUGCUGGGGUUGAGGUCAAGGGGAAUCACAAAACCAUGUCUCGGGCAGAGUCUAGGGCAGACAUGAGGGCUCCUGCCCAGCCUCAGAUUAUAGCCAAGACCCAGGCUGAGGCUAUGCUUGGGGCAAAGGUUGAUGCUGGGGGUAAUACAAAUGCCAUGUGUAAGGCAGGGACAGGGGCAGAUAUGAGAGUUUCUACACAACCUCAGACUGUGGCCAAGAAACAGGCCGAGACAAUGUUUGGUGCCGGGGUUGAUGAUAGGGGAAAUGCUGAUGUCACAUCUAAGGCAGUGGCUGGAGCUGAUGUGAAGGUUGCUGCUCAACUUCAAGCUGCAGCCAGUGCUCAGGCUGAGGCUAUGCUUGAUGUCAAGGUUAAAGGAAGAGGCAAUUCCAAUGCUAUGUCUAAAACAGGGGCCAGGGCAAACUUGAGGGCCAAUUCCCAGGCUGAGGCCUUGCCUGAUGCCAGGGUUAAGACCAGAGACAAUCCCAAUGCCAUGUCUAAGAUGGGGGCUGGGACAGAUAUGGAGCUCUAUAUGCAGCCUCAGCUUGUGGCCAAUGUCCAGGUUGAUGCCUUGCCUGAUGGUAGGAUUAAGGCUAAAGGCAAUGCCAACACCGUAUCUAAGGAAGGGGCUGGGACAGACACAAAGGCACAGUCUCAGGCUUCCACCAAGAGCCAGGUUGAGACCUUACCUGGUACUAGAGGUAAGACUAGGGGAAAAGGCAAAAGUAAGCAUAAAGCAGGGGUCGGGAUAGAAAUGAAAACCUGUGCGCAGCCUCAGGUUGGGGCCAAGACCCACGAUGAUGCUUUACCUGAUUCCAGGGUUGAUGGCAGGGGUGAUCCUAAUGCCAUUUUUAGGUCAGGGGCUAAGGCGGAACUGAGGGCCUGUGGUCAGCCCCAGACUGAGGCCAGUUCCCAGGGUGAGGCUUUGCCUGGUACUAAGAAUAAGGUCAGAGGCAAUCCCAUUGCUGUGUCUAAGGCAGGGACUGGGCCAGAUAUACUGGGCUCUGCCCAGCUCCAGGCUGUGGCCAAUUCCCAGGGUGAAGCCUUGUCUGGUAAUAAGAGCAAGGUCAGGGGCAAUCCCAAUGCUGUGUCUAAGGCAGGGACUGGGCCAGAUACUAUGUGUUCUGCCCAGGGUGAAACAGAUACAACAGGCUCUGCCCAGCCCCAGGCUGUGGCCAGUUCCCAGGGUGAAGCCUUGUCUGGUACUAAGAACAGGGUCAGGGGCAAUUCCAAUGCUGUGUCUAAGACAGGGACUGGGCCAAGUACAAUAGGCUCUGCUCAGCCUGAAGCUGUGUCUAAUUCCCAAGGUGAAACCUUGCCUGGUACUAAGAAUAAGGUCAGAGGCAAGUCCAAUGCCAUGUCUAAGACAGGGGAUGGGCCAGAUACAUUGGGCUCUGCCCAGCUCCAGGCUGUGGCCAAUGCCCAGGGUGAAGCCUUGUCUGGUACCAAGAAUAAAGUCAGGGCCAAUCCCAGUGCUGUGCCUAAGGCAGACGCCAGAGCAGAUUCAGUGGGCUCUGCCCAGCCUCAAACAGAUACAAUAGGCACUGCCCAGCCCCUGGCUGUGGCCAAUUCCCGGAGUGAGGCCUUGCCCAGUAUCAAGAAUAAGGGUAAGGGCAAUCCCAGUGCUUUGUCUAAAGCAGGGACUGGGCCAGAUAUAGUAGGUUCUGCCCAGCCUCAGGUUGUGCCCAAUUCCCAGGGUGAGGUCUUGUCUGGUACUAAGAACAAGGUCAGGGGCAAUCCCAGUGGUAUGUCUAAGGCAGAGGCCAGGGCAGAUGCAAUGGGCUCUGCCCAGCCUCAAACAGACACAACAGGCUCUGCCCAGCCCCUGGCUGUGGCCAAUUCCCAAGGUGAAGCCUUGCCUAGUAUGAAGAAUAAGGUUAGGGGUAAGUCCAAUGCUGUGUCUAAGAUAGGGGCUGGGCCAGAUACAGUGAACUCUGCCCAGCCUCAGGUUGUGGCCAGUUCCCAAGGUGAAGUUUUGCCUGGGACUAAGAAGAAGAUCAGGGGUAAUCCCAGUGCUGUGUCUAAGGCAGAGGCCAGAGCAGAUACAAUGGGCUCUGCCCAGCCUCAAACAGACACAACAGGCUCUGCCCAGCCCCUGGCUGUGGCCAAUUCCCAAGGUGAAACCUUGCCUAGUAUCAAGAAUAAGUUUAGGGGCAAGUCCAAUGCUAUGUCUAAGACAGGGGCUGGGCUAGAUACAGUGGGCUCUGCCCAGCCCCAGGCUGUGGCCAAUUCCCAGGGUGAAGUCUUGUCUGGUACUAAGAACAAGGUCAGGGGCAAUCCCAGUGCCGUGUCUGAGGCAGAGGCCUGGGCAGAUGCAAUGGGCUCUGCCCAACCUCAAACAGAUACAACAGGCUCUGCCCAGGCCCUGGCUGUGGCCAAUUCCCAGGGUGAAGCCUUGCCUGGUAUCAAGAAUAAGGUUGGGGGCAAGUCCAGUGCUGUGUCUAAGAUAGGGGCUGGGCUAGAUACAGUGAACUCCGCCCAGCCCCAGGCUGUGGCCAGUUCCCAGGGUGAAGCCUUGCCUAGUAUCAAGAAUAAGGUUGGGGGCAAGUCCAGUGCUGUGUCUAAGAUAGGGGCUGGGCUAGAUACAGUGAACUCUGCCCAGCCUCAGGCUGUGGCCAGUUCCCGAGGGGAAGUCUUGCCUGGGACUAAGAACAAGGUCAGGGGAAAUUCCAAUGCUGUGUCUAAGACAGGAACUGGGCCAGAUACCGUGGGCUCUGCCCAGCUCCAGGCUGUGGCUAAUUCCCAGGGUGAGGCCUUGCCUGGUGUCAAGAAAAAGGUCAAGGGCAACCCCAGUGCUUUGUCUAAAGCAGGGACUGGGCCAGUUACAGUGGGCUCUGCCCAGCUCCAGGCUGUGGCCAAUUCCCAGUGUGAAGCCUUGCCUGGUGUGAAAAAUAAGGUCAGCAGCAAUCCCAAUGCUGUGUCUAAGGUAGAGGCCAGAGCAGAUAUAACAAGCUUUUCCCAGCUUCAGGCUGAGUCUAAGUCCCAGGGUGAAGCCUUGCCUGGUGCCAGGAGUAAGGUCCGAUGUAAUCUUAGUGCUGUGUCUAAAGCAGACACUGGGCCAGACACAAUGCGCUCUACCCAGCCGCAAACUGUGACCAAUUCCCAGGGUGAAGCCUUGCCUAGUGUCAAGAAUAAGGUCAGGGGCAAUCCCAAUGCUGUGUGUAAGAUAGAGGCCAGGGCAGAUGCAGUGGGCUCUGCCCAGCCUCGAGCAGAUAAAACAGGCUCUGCCCAGCUCCAAGCUGUGACCAAUUCCCAGGGUGAAGCCUUGUCUGGUACUAAGAGUAAGGUCAGAAGCAAUUCCAAUGCUGUAUCUGAGGCAGAGGCCAGGGCAGAUAUAACAGGCUCUGCCUGGCCUCAGGCAGUGGCCACUUCCCAGGGUGAAGUUUUGCCUGGUACUAAGAAUGUCAGGGGCAAUCCCAAUGCUGUGUCAAAGGCAGAGUUUGGGGCAGAUACAAUGGGCUCUGCCCAGCCUCAAACAGAAACAACAGGCUCUGCCCAACUGCUGGCUGUGGCCAGUUCCCAGGGUGAAGUCUUAGCUGGUACUAAGAAUAAGGUCCGGGGCAAUCUCAGUGCUGUGUCUAAAGCAGGGAUUGGGCCAGAUUCGGUGGGUUCUGCCCAGCCCCAGGCUAUAGUCAAUUCCCAGGGUGAAGCCUUGCCUAGUGUCAAGAGUAAGGUCAGAGGCAAUCCCAAUGCUGUGUCUAAGGUAGAGGCCAGAGCAGAUACAGCAAGUUUUGCCCAGCCUCAGGCUGUGUCUUAUUCCCAAGGUGAGACCCUGUCUGGUGCCAGGAGUAAGGUCAAGGGCAAUCCCACUGCUAUGUCUAAGGCAGGCACUGGGCCAGAUAUAAUGUGUUCAGCUCAGCCUCAAACAGAUAUAACAGGCACUGCCCAGCCCCAAGCCAUGUCUAAUUCCCAAAGUGAAAUCUUGCUUGGUGCCAGAAAUAAGGUCAGGGACAAUCUCGAUGUGGUAUUUAAGGCAGGGGCUGGGCAAGAUAAAAUAGACUCUCUUUCACCAAAGGCCGUGGCCAUUUCUCAGGGCGAGGCCCUCCUUGGUGCCAGAAGUAAGGUCAGGGGAAAUACCAAUGCUGAGUCUAAGGUAGAGGCUGGGGCACAUAUGAUGGGUUCUGGUCAGCCUCAGUCUGCAGCCCAUUCCCAGAGUAAGAUCUUGUCUGGGACAAAGGACAAGGCUAUACCCAAGCCUGAGGCAGAUGAGGGCUAUGCAAAGCCCAAGGCUGAGGCCACACCCACUGUUGAGAGUGGGGGUGGGACAGGCACUCAGGCCUGCAGAAAGACUCGGCCUAGGGUCCAUGACUACUACUGGAAUGGGAUUGGUAUUCAGGAUUGGAUUGCUUCUGAGCGAUGGAUCAAAUUUAGGUUUCAGGCCAGGGAUGGAUACUGGGAGAAUAGCAUGUCCUGGGCUGAUGAUGAGAAUGAAGCCAGUAUUGAGUCCUGGAGUGGGGCUAGUGAUAAGUCUGAUAUUAGAUCCUGGGCUGGGGCUAAGGCUGAGAAUGAAGUUGGUUUUCCAUCCUGGGCUACAGCUCGGGACCAGGCCUGUGGGGGGCUCUGGGUUGGGAGUCAGGCCAGUGGGGGUUCUUUGUCAGAGGCCGGGGACAUGGCCAUUGGAGCAUCUGGAAUUGGGGCUGAGAACCAGGCCAGUGGGGUGUCUUGGGCUAGCACUGGGAACCAGGCUACUGGGCAGCCCUGGGCUGGAGGUCAGACCAGUGGCGUGUCCUGGGCUGGGGAAGAUGCCAUUGGAGGGUCCUGGAUGGGAGCUGAGGAACAGGACAGUGGAAGGUCCCGGGAUGGGGCUGGGAUUCAGGCUAAUGGAGGGUCCUGGGCUGAAGCUGGAGCUGGGAAUGUGGCUAGUAUUGGGCACUGGCCUGGGGAUAUGGACCAGGCUAGUGGAGGGUACUGGGUUGGGACUGGUGACCUGUCUGGUGGAUCCAAGCCUAGAUUUGAGGAUCAGGCCAGUGAAGAUAUGUCCUGGGCUGACACAGCCGACCAAGCCAGUGGAGGGUCCAGGCUGAGGUCUGUGGACCAGUCUGGUGGUGAAUCCUGGGCUAGGGCUGGGGAACGGGCCAACAAAGGUUCUAGGCCAAGGUUUGUGGACCAGUCCAGUGUUGGGUCCUGGGCUAAUACUGGGAAUCAGGCCAGUGGAGGAUUCUUGGUUGGGACUAUGGACCGGGCCAGUGGGGGGUCCUGGUCUGGGACUGGUGAUCAGUCUGGUGAGUCCAAGCCUGGAUUUGAGGAUUUGGCAAAUGUAGAAGUGUCUUUGGCUAGGGUUGGUGGCCAGGCUGGUAGAGGGCCUAGGUUGGGGCCUGAGGACCAGUCCAGUGGAAGGUCCUGGGCUGACUCUGGGGACCAAGCCAGUGGAGGGUUCUUGGUUGGGGCUGUGGACCAGGCCAAUGGAGGGACCUGGGCUGUACCUAGGGAUCAGGCUGGUGGUGGGACAAAGCCUAGAUCUGAAGAGCAGGCAAGUGGAAGAGGGUCUUGGGCUGAUAAUGGGGGCCAGGCUGGUGGAGGGUCUAGGCUGGGUCCCAAGGACCAGUCCAUUGGAGAUUCCUGGGCUGGCACUGGAGACCAGUCCAGUGAAGAAUGUAGGCCAGGGCCUGAGGAUCAGUCCAAUGGAUGGUUCUGUGCUUGCAGUGGGAGUCAGGCUAAUGCAAGUGGGUCCUGGGGUGGGGCUGGUGGCCAGGUUAUAGGAGGAUCUAGACUAGGACCCACGAUCCCAUCCAGUGGUGGGUCCUGGGCUGAUGCUGGAAGUCAGGUCAGUGGAAGGUCUUGGGCUGGGACUGGAGAUCAGGCUAGUAGUUGUCCCAAACCUGGAUUUGAGGAUCAAGCCAAUGGAGGAGGGUUCUGUUCUAGUGCUGAGGACCAGGCUGUUGGAGGGUCCAAUCCAGGGCCUGCAAACCAGUCCAGUGGUGGGUCCAGGCCUGGCACUGGGAGUCAGGCCUGUGGAAGGUCCUGGGCUGGGGCUGGGGGUCAGGCUGAUAGUGGUUCCAAACCUGGAUUUGAGGACCCAGCAGGUAGAGAAGGCUCCCAGCCUGGCACUGGGGAUCAGGCUAGUGGAAAAUCUUGGGCUGGGUCUAGGCCUGGUAAUGAAGCCAGUAGAGGGUCCAGGCUGGGGCCCAAGGACCAGGCAAGUGGAGGGCCCUGGGCUACGGCUGGUGACCAGGCCAGUGGAAGACCCCAGAUCAGUGCUGAGAUGGAGGCCAGUGAAAGAUCCUGGUUUGGGACUGGGGGUGAGACUAGUACAGGGUGCUGCUUCAGGAGAGGGGAAGAGGCUGGUAUUGUAUCCAAACCCGGAGGUAAAAAUGAGGCCAGUAUUGAAUCCAGAUCAGGGGCUAAAGAGGAGGCCGCCAUUAGUUCCAGAUCUGGGGCUGAAGAUAAGGCCAAUAUUGGGUCCUGGAUCAGAUCUGAAGAGGCAGACUGUAUGGAUUCCUGUAUGGGGGCUGAGGCUGGGGCUGGGGCAGAGGUCAGGAAGGAGUCUUGGCUUUGGGAUGGAGAUGCAGCCACUACAGGGUCUAGGCUUGGGGCUGAGGAAGAGGUUUGCAUGGGGUCAUGGACCUGGGCUGAGGAUGUAGAUGAGGAUGAGCUAAGUAGAGCAUCUAGCCCUGAUAUUGAGGAGAUCAGUUUAAGGUCCUUGUUUUGGGCCGACAGUGAGAAGAGUAAUGAGUUCAGAUCUGAGAGGGAGAGAAAUGUCAAUUUUGAGUGUGGAGCUGGAGAUAAGGCCAGCGCCAAGGAUAACUUUGAGGCACCAACUGCCGGUGGAGUUGAUGAAAGGUCUUGGUUCUGGGAUGGUAAUGAAAACACAAGUGAGGACAAAUCUGCACCUAAGACUAAAGCCAAAAAGUCAGCUGAGUCAAGAGGCACAUAUCCAUCCAUGGUCCCUGGGGCAGGAAUGGGGUCAUGGGCAGGAGCCAUGAUCUGGACGGAAAUGAAAUUUCCAUACCAAAAUAAGUCCUGCUUCCCACCUGAAGAUGAGCUAAGAAAGCAGAUCAGGGAUGAGGAGAAAACUCAGCCCUGGACCUGUCGCUGUAAACGUGAAGCUAAUAUGGAUCCACGAGAGCUUGAAAAACUCAUUUGCAUGAUUGAGAUGACUGAAGAUCCUUCUAUUCAUGAAAUAGCCAAUAAUGCUCUUUAUAACAGUCCCGAUUAUCCGUUUUCCCAUGAAGUCAUUCGAAAUGCAGGUAGAAUCUCAAUUAUUGAAAGUUUGCUCAAUAAUCCCUAUCCCAGUGUUAGGCAGAAGGCUUUAAAUGCACUUAAUAACAUCUCAGUGGCUGCUGAAAAUCAUAGGAAGGUGAAAACAUACUUAAACCAAGUAUGUGAAGACACAGUCACCUAUCCCUUGAAUUCGAAUGUCCAGCUAGCUGGACUAAGACUGAUAAAGCACUUGACUAUUAUUAGUGAAUAUCAGCAUAUGGUUACAAAUUAUAUUUCAGAAUUUCUUCGUUUGUUAACUGUGGGAAGUGGAGAAACAAAAGACCAUAUUUUGGGAAUGCUUUUGAAUUUCUCUAAAAAUCCAUCUAUGACAAAAGACUUACUCAUUGCCAAUGCACCAACGUCACUGAUUAAUAUCUUUAGCAAGAAAGAGACAAAAGAGAAUAUUCUUAAUGCUCUUUCACUAUUUGAAAAUAUAAAUUAUCAUUUUAAAAGAAGGGCAAAAGUGUUUACGCAGGACAAGUUCAGUAAAAAUUCCCUUUAUUUCAUAUUCCAACGACCUAAAGCAUGUGCCAAGAAACUCCGAGUCUUAGCAGCAGAGUACAGUGACCCUGAGGUGAAAGAAAGAGUUGAGCUAUUAUUAAGUAAACUCUGAUUAGUUGUAUGUUCCCAAACAAAUCUGAGUAAUAUUUUGGUUUUGCAGUCUGGAAGUAAUGCAUAUUGUAAAUUGCAUUACAACUUUGAAACUGAUGUUACUUGUGAUGGUCUGUAGCUGGAUCGCUUUAUGAACACCAAAUGUACUGGAAAUACAUGUGUUGAUUAUUACCUUGUCUGGAUUGAGAUAUUUUUAGUAUGCUUCAUGAGCAGAAACGACCUGAUUCUUCAUAAGUAAGGUAAUUUUUGGUCCUUUGUGUGGACUUAUGUUUCUAUAUUUGAGACUUUAUUUUUAUGUUAUCAAUAAAGUUGUGUGUUUUAAG